CAGCAACAAGCACCACCCGCCUCUCUCUCUGUCUACCUGUCUGUCUGUCUGUCUUUCUCUCUCUCUCUCUCUCUCUCUCUCUCUCUCUCGGUCUACCUGCAGCCCCCCCUCCCCUCCAUCCCUCCCUGUCUCCGCCCCCCCCCCCCCCUCUCUCGGUGCGGACAUGCUCCUCCGGAGAUGAGGCUCCGAAAUGUCUCCUUCCUGACGGUCUUGUUGUUCGGGCUGUGCGGGCUGGUCUCCCUGUCCUGGUACACCGCCUUCAGCAGCUCGAGAGGCGAUGUGGUGGACAUCUACCAGCGGGAGUUCCUGGCGCUGAGGGAGCGCCUCCACUCGGCGGAGCAGGAGAACCUGCGGCGCUCCAAAGAACUGAACCUGGUCCUGGAGGAGAUCAAGAGAGCCAUCGCCGAGAAGCAGGCGCUGAGAGACAUCAACCGGACCUGGAGCAGCCUCUCCGAGGAGACCCGUCUGAAGCUGUGGAAUGUGAGCAGCAGUAAGAACGUGCUGCAGCUCCCCUCCAUCUUCCACCACCUCCCCCACCUGCUGAACCGGGAGGACAGCCUGCAGCCCGCCGUGCACCUGGGCCAGGGCCGAACCGGGGUCUCCAUAGUGAUGGGGGUUCCCAGUGUGAAAAGGGAGGUCCACUCCUACCUGACCGACACACUCAGCUCUCUGAUGUCGGAGCUCAGCGCCGCCGAGAAAGAGGACUGCGUCAUCGUCGUCUUCAUCGCAGAGGCGGACCAGCAGUAUGCCAGCAGUGUAGCAGACAACCUGAAGCGCCUUUUCCCCGCAGAGAUCCAGUCGGGUCUGUUGGAGGUCGUCUCUCCGUCCGUCCACUUCUACCCUGACUUCUCCAAACUCCGAGAGUCCUUCGGAGACCCCAAAGAGAGAGUCAGGUGGAGGACGAAGCAGAACCUGGACUACUGUUACCUGAUGAUGUACGCUCAGUCCAAAGGAACAUACUACGUCCAGCUGGAGGACGACAUCGUGGCCCGUCCAAACUUCUUCACCACGAUGAAGAACUUCGCUCUGCAGCAGCCGUCGGAGGAGUGGAUGAUCCUGGAGUUCUCCCAGCUCGGAUUCAUCGGUAAGAUGUUCAAAUCUCUGGACCUGUCUCUCAUCGUGGAGUUCAUGCUGAUGUUCUACAAAGACAAACCCAUCGACUGGCUGCUCGACCACAUCAUGUGGGUCAAAGUGUGCAACCCUGAGAAGGACGCGUGAAAACACUGCGACCGACAGAAAGCCAACCUGAGGAUUCGGUUCAAACCAUCGCUGUUCCAACACGUCGGGACCCACUCCUCUCUGGCCGGGAAGAUACAGAAACUCAAGGAUAAGGACUUUGGGAAGCAGACGCUCCAUAAGGGCCACGCUAACCCGCUGGCGGAGGUCACCACCUCCCUGAAGACGUACCAACACUUCACCCUGGAGAAGGCCUACCUGGGGGAGGACUUCUUCUGGGCCUUCACCCCCGUGGCCGGAGACUUCAUCCGGAUACGCUUCUUCACCCCGGUCCGCAUCGAGAGGUUUUUCUUCCGCAGCGGGAACAUCGAACAUCCCGGCGACAAACUGUUCAACACGUCUGUCGAGGUGCUGCCGUUCGAUAACAUCCAGGCGGAGAAGGAGGCUCUGACGGACGGCAGAGAGAAAACACCAAAGUACCACCGGACCGAGGACGGGUUCAUCCGGAUAGGAGCGUUCGGCAGCGGGGUGGCGGAGGGUGAGGUGGAUGCCUCGUUCGGGCCGCUGGAGGCGAUGCGUCUCACGGUUUUGACCGACUCUCCGGUGUGGGUGAUCCUCAGCGAGAUCUUCAUAAAGAAAGCCGAGUGAAGCUGCCCCCCCCCCCACCUGCAGAGAGACCUCGCCCCCCAGCUGCAGUCUGCCCCCCCUCUUUGAGGCCACUGCGCCCCCCUGUGGCUGCAGACUGACUCAGAUAAACUGGAGACAAUAUCAAAGUGUAUUUAUUGUACAUACAGGUAAACACUGAAACUGGAAACUGCUGCUACCCCCCCACAGUACUCUGUAUACAAGUACACACUACCAUAGGAAUGCCCUGUGUGUGUGUGUGUGUGUGUGUGUGUGUGUGUGUGUGUGUGUGCGUGUGUGCGUGUGUGCGUGUGUGCGUGUGUGCGUGUGUGCGUGUGUGCGUGUGUGCGUGUGUGUGUGUGUGUUCAGACCUUGGCCUUAACGGAGAGACACGAGCAGUACCCAGAAUCCUUUGCUGCCUCGGCCCUGAAACUACUGACGGCUGUUUUUUUAACGAAUCUUAAAGUGUAUUUUAUUUACUGAGGCCUUUUACCCACACUCUGGUUUCAUCCUUACUGCAGUACUGUGAGGUACUUUAGAAUACUCCAAAAUACUCUACAGUACUUUAAUCUACUUUAAUUUAUUUGACUGUACCUCAUUUAAGUACAUUGAUAUACUUUACAGCACCUAACACUAUUACAUGUGUUAUUGUAUUUUACAGUACCUAAUGAACGUACAUGAAUAUACUCAACACACUUUAGAGUAUUUUAAUGUACUUGUUUCAGUACUGCAGUAUUUCACACAUACCCCACUUCUCAUCUUCAGUCUCUCAUUCACACUUUUGGUAAUAAAAAGCAGAAAGCUAUUUAAAAAUAAUGAAAAACUCCCAACAUUUGAAUUAUUUCUCCUCUUCAUCUUCUGGUAUUAUUUUUGUCUCCUUGUGUUUCCUCAGAUUAUUAGUAUUUUGCUCUUUUAACACUUUGUUUGUUCUCUCUGUCCAAUAAUUGACAACCUUUGAUUGUGUAGAUGAUGUGUAUAAUAAUAUGAGGAGAAACACCUGCAGCUAGCACCAAAAUAUAUCCUAUCUAACAAUGUUUUAUGCAAUUUAAUCGUCUUUCUUAAUCAAAUUUAGCCCAAAGAUGUAGUCAAACAAAUCAAUCCAUGGAGUAUUAAGUGCUCUAAUAUAUCCAAGGAACAAACUCAGUGAUUUAAGGAACAGAAAUACUGAUUUGAGGCAGCAAGAGAUUUUCUAUCAUCAUUUUGUUUGCAGAUUUUCAGUGAACCUGGAGUUAAUUUCUCUGUGAGAUGCACUGAAUGCAUUGCUAUAAUCUCGUGUGUCUUUUCUAUCCUUUAGAUAUUUAAAUGAUUCAUGAAUUUAUCCGAUCAGUGACUUGUAAUAAAGACAGAAAUUAAAAAAUGAA